AUGAUUGCCAGUGGUGAAAGCCGCAAGGUGGCUGCUGGCAGGAAUGAAGUGCUGAGCGCUAAAGCAAAAACCAGAAUAGGAUUCUGGAACGUACGUACUAUGUAUGAAACUGGGAAACUUGCACAGGUCACAUCAGAAAUGAGGCGAUAUAAUUUGCACAUUUUGGGAGUUAGCGAGAGUAGAUGGACAGGUUCUGGUAAGAUAAAGACAGAUUCUGGAGAAACAGUUCUGUACUCAGGGAGAGAUGACAACUAUCAUUUUGAAGGAGUAGCCAUCAUCCUCAAGAAAGACACUGAGAAGAGACUUAUGGAAUGGAAACCUGUCAAAAGUAGAUUGAUAACAGCAAAAUUUAAAGGAGUGCACACCAACAUGACCCUUAUACAAUGCUAUGCACCAACAAAUGACAGUGAUGAAGCUAUGAAAGACACCUUUUACGAACAACUACAAGCUGAAGUGAGAUUGGUACCACGUCAUGAUCUAUUGGUGGUGAUGAGUGAUUUGAAUGCCAAAGUGGGAAACAACAACACUGAUAUGGACAGAAUAAUAGGUAAACAUGGAUGUGGUACUAUAAAUGAUAAUGGAGAAAGACUAGUAGAAUUAUGUGCAGCUUACAACCUGGUUGUAGGAGGAACACUCUUUUCACAUCAAGAUAUACAUAAAUUAACAUGGUGUUCUCCAAAUGGAAGGGAUAAGAACCAGAUAGACCACCUUAUGAUAAAUGGUACUUGGAGGCGUUCAUUACUCGAUGUUAAAGUCAAGAGGGGAGCAGAUGUUGGUAGUGACCAUCACCUUGUUACUGCAAAUAUUAAGAUGAAAUUGAGAAGUACAGGACGUAAAACACUUGUCCCCACAAGAUAUGAUAUUGAAAAAUUACAAGAUCACAAAGUAAAAAAUGCAUUCAUCCUCCAAUUGAAGAAUAAGUUUCAAGCUCUUACAGAUAAUCCUGACAUGAUCCCAACAGAAACAACAGAAGUCAACUCAAAAUGGGAUCAAAUAAGAACAAUUUACGAAACAACUAGCAAAGAAUGUUUGGGUUUUAAACAGGGUAAAAAGAUGAAGAAAUGGAUAACACCAGGUACAUGGAAGGUCAUUGAAGAAAGACGUCACAUGAAUAAGAAGAUUCUAGACACCAAAUCUGAACGGUUACAAGAAAGACACAAAGCAAACUACAGAGUACUAGACAAAAAUGUAAAGCGAAUGGCUAGAGCAGACAAAAGAGCUUACAUGGAAGACCUUGCUAAACAAGCAGAAGAAGCAGCAGAAAAGGGCGAACAGGGAAAAAUCUACAAGAUCACAAGAGAAAUCUGUGGCAAAUUUCGUAACACUAAUGAUGUCCAUAUAAAAGACAAAAAUGGAAGGCUAUUAACAACAGAAGACGAGCAAAAAGCCAGAUGGGCAGAACACUUUAAGGAAGUACUUAACAGGCCACUGCCAGAUGACGAAGCGAUAGUAAUUGAGGCAGUUCAAGACUUGGAAAUUAAUAUCAACCUUCCAAACAAACAGGAAAUAAUUAAAGUAAUAAAAUCUUUAAAAAAUGGAAAAUCACCAGGUCAUGACAACUUGAAUGCAGAACUUUUCAAAGUUGACCCAGAACUCGCAGCUGAAAUUCUCCAAUCAUUAUUUACAUCAAUAUGGGAAGGAAAAAAAAAAAUAAAAAAAAAAUAA